AUGAUAGCCCAAGCUAUCAAGCUGGUCAAUCUCUGGUGUAAGAAAACCUUAGAAGAGGUUGGCCAACCGAUUUGCAUCGAAAUCCUACGACGAAGAACAACACAAGAAAUUAGUGGUGUACCAUUUCUUAUGGGUUUAUUGGGAGGUGCAUUCUGGUUACGGUACGGUUUUCUGAAGGAUGACAGCGUGAUGAUAAUCGUAAACGUUGUCUGCAUUUCGUUGUUCACUGUGUACUGCAUAUUCUACCUGAUCUUUGCAAAUAAUAGAGUGAGUUUUGUUUUUUUUUUCAUUUUUCUGAAAAUAUAA